UCCCCUUCCUCGUCUUUUCCCCUCAGGAGAAGUCGGGAAGGUGGCGGCGGUGGCGGUUGUCCCGGCCGGGCCGGUUGGUGUGGCCCGUCAGCCCGCGCACCGCAGCGCCUGCGCCGCGUCCAGCCCGAUCGAGCCGAGCCGCGGCGGCCGGGUCCGGCGCGGGCGGCGCGCGCUGACGGAGGGCGGCGGCCGCGGCCAGGGCGGCCCGUGGGACCGCGGGCCCCCGGCGCAGCGCCGCCCGGCUCCCGGCCCUGCCGGCCUCCUCCCUCGGCACCGCGGCCAUGGCGGCCAGCGCGAAGCGGAAGCAGGAGGAGAAGCACCUGAAGAUGCUGCGGGACAUGACCGGCCUCCCGCACAACCGAAAGUGCUUCGACUGCGACCAGCGCGGCCCCACCUACGUGAACAUGACGGUCGGCUCCUUCGUGUGUACCUCCUGCUCCGGCAGCCUGCGAGGAUUAAAUCCACCACACAGGGUGAAAUCUAUCUCCAUGACAACAUUCACACAACAGGAAAUUGAGUUCUUACAAAAACAUGGAAAUGAAGUCUGUAAACAGAUUUGGCUAGGAUUGUUUGAUGAUAGAUCUUCAGCAAUUCCAGACUUCAGGGAUCCACAAAAAGUGAAAGAGUUUCUACAAGAAAAAUAUGAAAAGAAAAGAUGGUAUGUCCCACCAGAACAGGCCAAAGUCGUGGCAUCAGUUCAUGCAUCUAUUUCAGGGUCCUCUGCCAGCAGCACAAGCAGCACACCUGAGGUCAAACCACUGAAAUCUCUUUUAGGGGAUUCUGCCCCAACACUGCACUUAAAUAAGGGUACCCCUAGUCAGUCCCCAGUUGUAGGUCGUUCUCAAGGGCAGCAGCAGGAGAAGAAGCAAUUUGACCUGUUAAGUGAUCUUGGCUCAGACAUCUUUGCUGCUCCAGCUCCUCAGUCAACAGCUACAGCCAAUUUUGCUAACUUUGCACAUUUCAACAGUCAUACAGCUCAGAAUUCUGCAAAUGCAGAUUUUGCAAACUUUGAUGCAUUUGGACAGUCUAGUGGUUCCAGUAAUUUUGGAGGUUUCCCCACAGCAAGUCACUCUCCUUUUCAGCCCCAAACUACAGCAUUUAGAAUGCUUUCAUCUAGCUGCAGUUUUGGUGAAUUUACUUCAGCUUUUCCUCUUCAGGCUACCCACAGUGGAAGUGCUGCAUCAGUAAAUGCUAAUUUUGCUCAUUUUGAUAACUUCCCCAAAUCCUCCAGUGCUGAUUUUGGAACCUUCAAUACUUCCCAGAGUCAUCAAACAGCAUCAGCUGUUAGUAAAGUUUCUACAAACAAAGCUGGUUUACAGACAGCAGACAAAUAUGCAGCACUUGCUAAUUUAGACAAUAUCUUCAGUGCCGGGCAAGGUGGUGAUCAGGGAAGUGGCUUUGGGACCACAGGUAAAGCUCCUGUUGGUUCUGUGGUUUCAGUUCCCAGUCAGUCAAGUGCAUCUUCAGACAAGUAUGCAGCUCUGGCAGAACUAGACAGCGUUUUCAGUUCUGCAGCCACCUCCAGUAAUGCGUAUACUUCCACAAGUAAUGCUAGCAGCAAUGUUUUUGGAACAGUACCAGUGGGUGCUUCUGCACAGACACAGCCUGCUUCAUCAAGUGUGCCUGCUCCAUUUGGAGCUACGCCUUCCACAAAUCCAUUUGUUGCUGCUGCUGGUCCUUCUGUGGCAUCUUCUACAAAUCCAUUUCAGACCAAUGCCAGAGGAGCAACAGGCCUUUCUGGAGCAAUGCAUUCUCAAGUGUUUCCUCACGCUCAUUUUGCGGCAACCUUUGGCACUGCAUCCAUGAGCAUGCCCACGGGAUUUGGCACUCCUGCUCCCUACAGUCUUCCUACCAGCUUUAGUGGCAGCUUCCAGCAGCCUGCCUUCCCAGCCCAAGCAGCUUUCCCUCAACAGACAGCUUUUUCUCAACAGCCCAAUGGUGCAGGUUUUGCAGCAUUUGGACAAACAAAGCCAGUGGUAACCCCUUUUGGUCAAGUUGCAGCUGCUGGAGUAUCUAGUAAUCCUUUUAUGACUGGUGCACCAACAGGACAAUUUCCAACAGGAAGCUCAUCAACCAAUCCUUUCUUAUAGCCUUAUAUAGACAAUUUACUGGAACGAACUUUUAUGUGGUUACAUUACAUCUCUCCACCUCUUGCACUGUUGUCUUGUUUCACUGAUCUUAGCUUUAAACACAAGAGAAGUCUUUAAAAAGCCUGCAUUGUGUAUUAAACACCAGGUGAUAUGUGCAAAACCGAGGGCUCCAGUAACACCUUUUAACCUGUGAAUUGGCAGAAAAGGGUAGCGGUAUCAUGUAUAUUAAAAUUGGCUAAUAUUAAGUUAUUGCAGAUACCACAUUCAUUAUGCUGCAGUACUGUACAUAUUUUUCUUAGAAAUUAGCUAUUUGUGCAUAUCAGUAUUUGUAACUUUAACACAUUGUUAUGUGAGAAAUGUUACUGGGGAAAUAGAUCAGCCACUUUUUAAGGUGCUGUCAUAUAUCUUGGAAUGAAUGACCUAAAAUCAUUUUAACCAUUGCUACUGGAAAGUUACAGAGUCAAAAUUGGAAGGUUUUAUUCAUUCUUGAAUUUUUCCUUUCUAAAGAGCUCUUCUAUUUAUACAUGCCUAAAUUCUUUUAAAAUGUAGAGGGAUACCUGUCUGCAUAAUAAAGCUGAUCAUGUUUUGCUACAGUUUGCAGGUGAAAAAAAUAAAUAUUAUAAAAUAUGCUAUUGUUUUUGUGUUCUUGCUGCAAUGCCUUUACCAAAGUGGCCUUAAGUAAGAGUAGUGAAUUGAGAACAUCUUGAAUUCUUAAAAGACUUCUUAGUGACUUUUUAUAAAAAGGCCAUGUAGAAAAUUUAUUAAAACUACUAUGACUGCUACAUUCAGGAACAUGUCAGUGGUAAAGCAUUUAAAUGUAGCUUGUCAGAUUUUCCAUAAUCCUUCUAAUUUCUUUGCAGCUUAUUAAUUUUGUGAAAUUUGUAUAUAUGAAGAAUUUGCAUGUAUGUGUAUUUACAAAUUUUUCUAAGUAUCUUGAAUUCUCAGACUGCAAAAGGCCUAUUUUAACUAUUGAUUUUUUAAAAAACAAUAUUGUCUUUGAAUGUAUUGGAAGUAGACAUGCAUUAACUGUGACAUUACUGCACCUCAGUUCUCUUCUUUUUUUGGGCAAAUGAUAUUAUAUCUAGGAUAUUUGUUUAUGUUUGUUUUUUAGGGGAAAGAAACUGGAACUCAGUGUUACCUUGAAGUUAUGGGAUACUUUGUUUAAAAAGGCAAAGAUACUAAGUUUAGUAUGCAACUCAGAAACUUGGAAUAGCUUUUCAAAAAAUGCCUCUGAGCAACCCAUAUAAAUCACAAAGUCUGUGUGUUAGAGCUUAUGCAUUUGUUUUUAUGAGAGAUUUUAAUAAAUUUGAUUAUUUGCUUGUCCAGACUAUAGCAUAUUAGCAGUUUAGAAGGGAUGGCUUGCAAGGAAGGCAACUGGGAAAAAAAAACUCUGAGGAGCAUACACUGUCCAAGACCAUUAGUGUAAGGGCCACUAGCCAGCCUAGAGGACAUCACUAUACUACAUCAUCUGAUGAUCGGUCUUUACUGUGCCUCUAGGUAAUCAAGGUAAUGAAGGUGAAAUUGCAUACACAGAUAUGUAGUACAUGUUUUAAAAGUUUUAUCUUGAAUUGAUUAAAACUUUUUUAAAAGCUUUGGUAUUCAAAGAGGUAAACGUCAAUUUCCUCAAACAUUUUAUUCAUGUUGAAUGCCUUUUGCAAUGAUGACUGAGUUGUUAUCAUAGUAUUUUAAAAUCUGUAUGGUGUUUUAGACUUGUUAAAACAUUGCUGUCCAGUGUACAUCUAGCUGAAAGUGUGGUUUGUCUGAACCAUUUUAAUAAGCAAGAUGUCUGGGAAAUCUCUGCCUCUUUUCUGAGCAGUAUGCCUCUUCUUUUAGAAUUAAAUGAAUGCUUCACAGGUCCAGGUGUGUGUUGAUGUAGACUUGAAAUGUUUCUACAUUUUGGGGGACUUCCUCAGCCCUUUUCAUUGAGGGAAACAAUAUUUGAAUUUCUGUUUUAGAUUGUAUCGGGUCCCAGUUGAUUCAUGUGUACGAAGUUAUACUACCUAAUUAUAGGCCAUUACCCAAAUAACCUACCAGGCUUUCCUUCUGAGUAGUAAAUUAAACAGUUGUUAUCAACAU